AUGGGCUCGCCCACACUCCCGCCUCCCGGUGCUGUUAAACCGUCAGAUCCCCCGCACUCUGCAACUUCAGUAACGAACAACCGCAUCUCAUUCCCCUUCUCCUUCCGACUCCCAUUUCAAUCCGAAGCUUCUGCAACAAGUUUAGUAGAAUCUACCGCAGAAGGACGAGCGAUACAAGUCGAUGACUCAACAGCCGAGCAUCGAACUUCUGCUCUCCGCCAAAUUAACCAUAACUACCCCAGCAAACAUCGAUAUGCAAAGUCAACUGGUGCCCAAAAUAGCACAUACUCAGAACCCGUGAUCGUCAGAAGCUAUUAUCAAGCACCGUUACCACCUAGUCGAUCCACCAGCAUUGGCGGCGGCGGUAUAGUCGUCCACGCAGUGUCAGCAAUGACAUCUCGAGCGGGAUCCGUUGCGACUGGCACCAAAGCGCCACGGCCGCGGAAGACUUCACCAAAACAUGGCAGUGUGCUGGGAUUCAUGGCAAAAGUUCGAGGCAAGACGAUGUCGUCACAUAAUAGCACCCAUCAGGAGGCAAAGCUGCCACCUGUUGAUGCAUUCACGUUUAGGAGCUUUCUUGAUAAGAUGGAAGAAGAAGGCCAGGCCACGGAUAUCAAUGCGGACCUGGACAGAAUAGCCGAAAUAUGCGCUCGCUCGAGAUACUCAUUGAGCAACCAGUACGAAGUUCACCACGCACCUCACGGGUCCGGGGCCGAGUUUUUAGCAACAGCUCGACAAAGGCAAAGCCAAGGUCCUACUUUGCAAGUUAUCACGUCGGAAGAUGAGGGCUAA